AUGACCUUUCCUACAAUAGCCGAAACAGCGUACGAUACACCACCCAAUGGUGGCUUUCAAGCUUGGCUACAGGUGGCAGGGUCCUUUUUGAUAUUUUUCAAUUCAUGGGGAACAGUCAAUGCAUUCGGCGCCUUCCAAGCGUACUACGAGAGUGGGCUGCUGAAGGAUCAAUCAAGCUCCGACAUUUCCUGGAUUGGAGCUAUACAGGCAUUCCUACUGCUCCUGGUCGGUGUCGUCACAGGUCCGCUCUAUGACUCCGGCUAUUUCCGUACCCUAGUCAUCACAGGAUCCUUUUUAGUCAUGUGUGGAUUCAUGGCUUUAAGCGUAUGUACACAAUACUGGCAGGUUCUCCUAGCCCAAGCCAUCUGUGUCGGCCUGGGUAAUGGGUGUCUAUACAUCCCAUCCGUGGCCAUCAUCCCGCAGUACUUCUCGUCUCGCAAGGCCAUUGCCCUCGCGAUUGGCGCAUCAGGAAGUAGCUUUGGAGGAGUGAUAUACCCAAUUGCCUUCCGCGAGCUCCAACCACGAAUCGGGUUCCCUUGGGCAACCAGGGUACUCGGGUUCCUAGUGUUAGCAACAACUCUAGUCCCGAUCACUCUCAUGCGUGUUCGCCAAGCACCGAAGCAAAAGCGCGUCUUGACUGAGGUCUCAGCGUUUAAAGAGCCCCCAUAUGCCUUGUUUUGCGCGGCAAUGUUCUUUGGCUACAUUGGCUUCUUCAAUCCGAUCUUCUACAUUGAGUCAUACGCCCUCCAUAAUAACACAACGGGGGCCGAGUUGGGAUUUUAUCUCGUCGCUAUACUCAACGCUGCCUCUAUUCCAGGUCGCAUAGUCCCCGGACUGUUGAAUAAAUACCUGGGCUCUCUGAACAUCCUUCUCGGCAGUGCGUUUAUCAGCGCCACUCUAUCGUUCUGCUGGAUUGCAAUCCAUAAUCAAGGCGGCCUGAUCUCACUGGCUGUACUUUACGGUUUCUUCUCCGGUGCCUUCGUCUCCCUUCCCGCAGUUGCUUUGACAACACUUACACCAGAUCUUAGAACGCUGGGAACACGAAUUGGGAUGUGCACCGUGUGUAGUGGGUUGGGAUCGCUGUGCGGUUCGCCGGUUGCGGGUGCGAUCCUGGACCGCAGUGGGUCUUACCUUGGGGUUCAGUUGUAUUCCGGUCUUACCACUGGCAUAACAGGUGUUUUGCUUUUGUUUGCAAGUUUCUUUAAGAAGAGUGACAGUAGAUAACCUGUCCCGGUUAGUUGGACUCCGGAAAGCCGAAUCUAAGCGCCGACAACCCUAACACCCUUUGUUGGAAGCGGAAUGGAUACCGACAUGCCCAAGGGAUUCGUCU